GUCCUCAUUCGUCACGACUUAAAACAGCCUAACGCAAGAUUAUGUGGGCUAUGCAUUAUGUACCUCGGGAGGAUUGUGAUACAUUCUUAGGAUAUAACCAAAGAUGGGUGAAAACAGAAUCAACGAUUUAAAGUUAUUACAAGAAAAAGCACCAUGGAUCCAUUCAGGAUUCAGCAAGCUGACAAAUAGAUUGGAAACUAAAUAAGGUAUUGAUUGGCCGCGUCGCUGUUUAUGAAAAUAAGGUGACGUCAUCAAGUAAACAAAUUAUGGACAGAUCAAUUGGUUAAUUCCUUCAGCCUUUUGCCAGCUCUGCCUUCACUCUCGCCCAACUUAGCGAUAAAUAAUGUGACGGCGUCAAGCAAAUAGUUUAAAAGUUAUUUGUGUAGACCAAUCAUUCGAAAACAGGAAAAUAUAAAAUCAAUAUUUUCAUCAUGGAUGUAUCAUUUCUGAUGGUUUGAACAUUCCCAGAUCGUGAUUGGAAUUUGUGACAUCUAAAUGGAUUUUAAAAAAUAACUAUUAUUUCCAAGUCUUCGGUGAAUUCCUAAACGUGCCAGCGAUGGGGAAGAAUACGAGCACCGGGUUCUUUUACCCCGAGAGUACCCUCGAGGUGUACGCGGCGCCGAGCAACAUCUCCAUGAGUACCCCGUACUCAGCCCUCACCAACAUGACUCUCUCUGCUAACGAGUCUUUGAGCCCGGCCUGCAACAGCUCAGGCGAGAACAGCCUUAGUGCCAUCAACUUCUACUUAACUGGCAUCGGGGCGCUGGUGCUGGUUAUACUGGGGGCGGUAGGGAACACUCUGGCCAUGAUCGUGCUGACACGGCGGACCAUGCGAACCUCUACCAACGUGUUCCUCACGGCUCUCGCCAUCUGGGAUACUGUGGUCCUCGCUGUGGUCUUACCUUUGAUGAGCCUGCCAGUUCUUUCGGAGCAGUUUAAUAAACAUGUCACACCGUACAUCGUCGUGUCUGUUUAUCCAAUAGGAUUAGCCGCGCAGACCGCUACGGUGUGGCUUACUGUGUCUUUUACUGUGGAGCGAUACAUUGCAGUGUGCCAUCCGCUGCGGGCUGCAAGUAUGUGUACGAUACCACGCGCAAGGAUGGUCGUUUUAGUCAUAUCCAUCGUAUCGAUACUCUACAAUGUACCUCGCUGGUUCGAGUACACAAGCCUGGAGCUAACAGAUCAAUAUAAUCAGAUAUGCUUGGCAAUAAUCAAAACCCAAUUAGGCAGUGAACCCAUUUACCACAAAUUAUACUUUGGUUGGCUUUAUUUUUUAGUGAUGUGUUUUAUACCCCUAUGUUCCUUGGCUAUUUUAAAUGCAUUCCUUAUAGUGGCCGUAAGACGAUCAAAGAAACAGAGGCGGGACAUGAAUGUGCGACAAUCCCGCGAGAACAACGUUACAAUCAUGCUCGUUUCCGUCGUUAUCGUUUUCAUCAUCUGCCAAGUCCCCGCCCUUAUAUACAACAUGGCUUACGCUAUCGACACUGCUAAAGUUGAGAGCUCGGCAGGGUGGAUAGUUCUCAGCUCGUUCAGAAACUUCCUCGUCAUGCUCAACAGCGCCGUGAAUUUCAUCCUGUACUGCGCGCUGGGUCAGAAGUUUCGCCGCACAUUCGUCAGAACAUUGUGCCCGUGCCUGGUCAGGCGUAUGCCCGGGAGGUUCCAGUCUUUCAGCUUUCAUCACAACAUUGACAGCCACCACGCCAAGACGGCGCACAACGGCAACGUGUACGCUAAAGUCGGGUACCAGCAGUGCCGGACGGAUGUUCAGAGUGAGCAUGAAGUAGGGUUGGACAUGGCCGUUCUCAAGGCGGCCUACUCGCCCAGAGAAUCCACAGACUCCAACGGGUCUGCAGAAGUCAAUGACGUAUUCGUGCCUAACAAUUCCCAGCGCAGUCACCUCAAGCUUCUGUCUCCCAUUUCUAAAGGAGGCCGAGCAAGCUGAGAGUGUGUUGGUGUUUAGUAUGUUUAUUUUGUUCAUAUGGAGGCUGGGGUGUGUUGGUGUUGAGUGUGUUUAUUUUAUUUUUUUCAUAUGGAGGCUGAGAAUAUGCUGGUGUUUAGUAUGUUUAUGUUAUUUUGUUCAUAUUGAGGAUGUUGUUAUGUCCACGUUAUUUUGUUUAAAUAGGGGCUGGGGUGUGUUGGUGUUAAGUAUAUCAAUGUUAUUUUGUUCAUAUGGAGACUGGGAAUAUGCUGGUUUUUAGUACGUUUAUUUUAUUUUGUUCAUAAGGAGGCUGGGGUGUGUUGGUGUUAAGCACAUUCAUGUUCUUUUGUUCAAGUGGAAGAGAAGAGCGUGUUGUCGAUAGGUCCACGUUAUUUAGUUCACAUUUAGGCGGAGUGUUUAUAUGUCAAAAAUGUUCAUGUUACUCAGGUUAAAGGAAGGCUGAAAGUUUGUUGGUAAUUAGAAUGUUCAUGUUAUUUAGUUCACAGAGCGAAAAAAAAACGAGUUGAGAGAAUGUUGGUGAUACAAUGCCCAUGCUAUUUUGUUCAAAUGAAGACUGAGGUGUGUUCGUGUUUUGUGUUAUUUUGUUCAAAUGGAGGCCGACAGUGUCUUAGUAUUUAAACGGUGGAUGAACGGGAGUGUUUUUUGUCGUUCUACUUUAUAUGUUCAAAAGGAGGCUAGGACUGUGUAUUGCUUUAGCGUGCUGUUUAAAAUGUUCUUGUUAUUUAGUCUGAAGGUCUUGAUGUUUCUCUGUUAUUGUUACUGAGCAUCCCACAAUAUUUUUAAAUAUACUCUAUUUUUAACAGAAGUUGAUCAAUUUACCAAAGCGGUAUAAAAGAAAAAAAAAUAUUAAUAAUAUGUCAUGUUUUUUUAAAUUUGUUUUUAAAUGCCUAUACUUAUUGUGUUAAUUGAUGAGUUAAUAAUGUCUAGUAAAGAAGUUCAGUUUAGAAAGAGUUAAGUCAAUAAUUGUGUUUGUAUGUAGUAUCGAGAAUGACAUGCUUGUAGAUAGCAGUAAUACAAUUUCAUUUACUCAUAACAGAAAAUAAAAGACAAGUAUUAAAGGUUGAGCAUCCAGAACUGCUCUUUGCCAGUUUUAUGCUUAAUGUCCAAAAUGUAGAUAGGAAAUAGUGUAUAAAAUACAAUACAUUGACAUAAUGACUAUUUUUUAAAUAGUAAUUUGGAUAAGUCUUGAAAUUGUGUGAACUAUAUUACAGAAAGUGACAUUUACUUUUACUAGGAACAAAAAUAUAAUUGACAAUUCUGUAACCGUUAUGGAAUCAAUUGUGUACUUUAAAUAGCUCUCUUCUAAAAUUGUUUAAAAAUAAAGCGAAAAACUGUAUAUAUGGACAACAAUGAUGUGUUUGUGUAUGUCUACACUGGUUAAAAUGAUAAA